GAGCAAGAUCUCAACGUCACCUUAACAAAUGUCCUAGAUUUCCCGCUACACGAGGACAAUUUCCUCUGGUUCAAGUCCCACUUUGUCUGCAACUUCGAUGAACUCCCCUUCCAUCAUCCCAUCAACAUAGCACUCCCCGACCAGUGCCCACGCGGGCUUUCCGUGAAAGAAUCCUACUUCUCUUAG